AUGCUCCGGCCUGAACACAGUCCUCCGAUUCAACAUAUGCAGUCGAGACAGAGAGCUGAGGGUAAGAACAGGAAUCUCUCACUGUACAAGAGCAGCACCGCCGAUGGCUCGAGAUCCUGUCGCUACCUCUCCAAAUCUCACUCCGAUUUGCUGCAUCACAGAUUAUCACCCGCCCUCGGGGGCGGCGGUGCUGCUGAUUUGGUGCUGCAGGCGGCGGCGGAGGCGGCAACGGUGCAGGCGACGGUGCAAGCGCUGGCAGAGGUCGACUGUGUGGGUCGAGUGUGUGGGUCGAGACAGAGCUCUCCUGGGGCAAGUAAAGGUACUGAUGGAGCUCCUGGGCGAGUAGGACCGUCCUGGAGCAAGCAGAUCUGCCCUAGGCUAUCCUGGGGCAAACAGAGAGCUCCUGUGGCGAACACGGCUAUACUGGAGCUAGCAGAGCUGUCCUGGGGCGAGCAGUGCUCUCCUGGGCGAGCACUGCUACUCAUACAGCUUUGGGGUGAGCGGAGGAUGGCAGAGAGCGGGUCGUGGCCUAUCACUCGCUGGAGUCUUACGCCUUACCUCCAGAGGAAUGAAUUCAUGGAACACUCCCCGAUAUUUGAACCGUUUAAGGUUGAUUGGAUGCAUGAUUUUGAAAGGGACCUACCCGGAAUUACCUUUGACACUUACCAGGACGAUGGUGACGAUGGAGAAUGCUCAGAUAUUUGCUCAACUAUCUGGCUGGCGUACAUCCUACGGCGAUUUCAAGACGACGGUGAUGAUUGUCUAGCUCUCCCGGGCACAAAUAGCCACAUUGGGCGGUAUCUAGACCACCAGUGGUCCCGAAGCAGUCAGAAAACCGCCGGGAAUGGAGAUAGUGAGGUCUGCUACCUGUCACACGGCGAGACUGCUCUGUACGCCGCCUCUGGCAGAGAAAGCGCUGUCACUCUCCUCCGUACACUGCCUUUGGCAGAAGAAUCACCUGAGCCUACCUGUCCCCUACGGUACAAUUUUUAUAGUGUGAAGCGCCAAAUUCAUGCGAUUUCGGAGUGCAGUAAUGGGCCCGGUAAGGUAAAGCCGUACUCUUUUGCUCUUUUGCGGUAG